GCAAAAACCUCGAGAAGGAGGAUAGGGGCAGGAAAUCUCAGGGGGAGAAAAGUCGACAGGAGAAGGAGAAGGGUACGGUUCGGGACAAAGAAGCUGAGAAGAACAACCAGCCACAUCAUCCAACCUCACGUGAUCAGGAAGGAGGUAAGGCUAUUGUGGUAUGGAAAAAAAAGGCCCCGAACCCUCCAGCUCCCAGAGAUGCGCGUCCACCCCCCAAAAGGAGACACAAGGUGUAAUUGCAGGGGCAAAAGCAAGGGGGAAAACCCCCCUAGGCGACGGCCCCCAGCAAAAAGGAGAAAAGGGGGAUAAGGAUGUGGAAAUGACUAAUGAUGGAGAGGAUAAGGAAAACGAUGACUCCGAGGACAUGGAGGAUUCUGAAGAAAAAGAGCUUGAGAGCGAGGAGGAGGAGGAGGAGGAGGACGAGGACGAGGGGGAGGAGGAGGAAGAUAAGGAGGAUGAAGAGGAAGAGGAGGAGGAUGAAAAAGAUGAAGAUGAAGAUGAAGGUAAGGAUGGCAAGGGAAAAGGGGACGAAGAGGAGGAAGAAGAGGAGGAAGAGGAAGAAGAGAGGAAGACCGAAGAGAGGAUGAUUGAAGAGGAGGGAGGUGGAAAGGAAGUCAUUAAGAGCGUCAAAAAAGGUGUGGAAGAGGAAGGAGAGGUCGGGUUAGGGGUUAGAAGGGAAGCAGGGCAAAAGGUAGAAGUGACGGAGAAGAAGGGAGGAAAGGAGCUUGUAGAGGAAAGAGAAAACAGUUGUAAUGAUGAUUCUAAAGAAAAAGGAUCAGCAGAGGCUGAGGUACCGCAUGAGUUGAGGGAGGUUUAACUUCAGAAGGAGGGUCGGGAAGUUAACACCCCUCCGCAGAGGGGUUCUGUUCCUCAACCACUGGCUAAUUUCAUCGUCUAUA